CUCCCGGGCCUGCGGCAGAGCCGGCUCCUAUGGAAGGCUUGCUGGUUCUGCCAUCAAUCCAUCGGCGUUCUGGACCCGUCGGCAAGGCGCUACAUGGCCUUCCGGCACCCCGGCACAAACGCCAUUCAGCGUUGGGUGGCGCCAGCCAGAGCCCCGCCAUCCCGCGCCCCCUCCUGUCAUGCUCGGCUUCGGCCACUCCGUCGCCUCAAGGUACGCUGUCAGCACCACCGACGGCACACUUUCGGCCCUGUCGGACUGGCAACGGGCCCGGGGCGUCCCAGCGGCAGCAGCCAUCCGCCGAGACCCGAUGCGCAGCAAGCUGGCCGGGCGGCAGCUGCAGGACGUGUGGUACCAGGCGGACCAGAAAGGGGGCGGAGCCACACUGGAGGCGGUGCGGCGUUUUGUGACGGUGCGGCGUUUUGUGACGGUGCGGCGUUUUGUGCAGCCGGGGGCGGGGGCGCGCAUGCGGAUUGUGGGCCGGAUGUGACCGGCCAACUGAGGGUGGGGGGAGUGGCCUCCGCAUGCGCCGAGAAGGGGUGCGGAACGGGCGAGCUCGCCGGCCGCGGCCGGCGGGGCAGCACGGUUCUUCCCCCACCCUGAUGUUGGCGUCUCCCCCGGGGGCAAUACAGUUGUGCCUCUUUAAUGUUUGGAAAGGAGGUGUAGGUAGGGAGGUUGUGACACACGGGUGGCGGAUGUGGGACAUGCACGAUCGGAGACAGAGACGGGAGAGACACGCCGGGUUGGGGGCUGAGACGGACUUUAUAUUGCAGUUGUGCGUAUUUCCCAACGCUUCUGGUCUCGGAAUCAAUAAGGCCGGAGAGUGCAGCCCAUUGCGAAGCAAAAUUCAGAUUUUGGACUGUGUCAAAAAUCGGGUUUGGGGGCGCCAAUGGGGCUGCCGAGUUCGGCCCAUGCGCAUGGGUGGGAGCAUGGUCGAGGUGUGGAUAGAGUAAGGGAUGUUGAACCAAUUUCCAGGUUGUUUCUUAUCUACGGUCUUACUAGCUCUUUACACGGCGAGCCGAGACAGGUUCAGGCCGGCCACGCGUUGGGCCAGUGUGCCGGCGGAGUAGAAUCGAGUUUGACGUCUUGCGUAGUUUUACUUCCUUCGUGGGUAGCGAUUCAGGCUAGGGGGGCGGUAGGCGCGGCGCUGGCCCGUCUUUCGCUUCCCACCCGCCCACCCUGCGAUAGCCGGGCGUAGACUCGGGUAGGACUGGUGCUGCACCGGGGGGGAGUGGCCUCCGCAUGCGCCGAGAAGGGGUGCGGAACGGGCGAGCUCGCCGGCCGCGGCCGGCGGGGCAGCACGGUUCUUCCCCCACCCUGAUGUUGGCGUCUCCCCCGGGGGCAAUACAGUUGUGCCUCUUUAAUGUUUGGAAAGGAGGUGUAGGUAGGGAGGUUGUGACACACGGGUGGCGGAUGUGGGACAUGCACGAUCGGAGACAGAGACGGGAGAGACACGCCGGGUUGGGGGCUGAGACGGACUUUAUAUUGCAGUUGUGCGUAUUUCCCAACGCUUCUGGUCUCGGAAUCAAUAAGGCCGGAGAGUGCAGCCCAUUGCGAAGCAAAAUUCAAGGUUUUUCUGCGGAAUCGAGCCCCAUGGUUCGCCAGUUUCGGCAUGGUAAUAGAACCGGCUUGAUAGCCUGAGUUGCC